UAAACCGUCCGGCCACAGUAGACAGCAAUGGAGGGCAGACCGAGCAGAGGCAGGAGAGGCAGCUGGAAAAGAGGUGGCCGGGGCGGACACGACACUGACAGUUUUGGCGGUGAACACCGGGGCAGAGGCCGAGGAGGCCACCACCGCGGCCGGGGCAAAAGAGACCACUACCGCGGUCGUGGACGCGGGGGAGGCGCCCAUGAAUCUCAGUUUCAGUACCAGGAUCAAGAUGACGAAGACAACUUUCAGGAGGAAGAUAACAGAGGGGAGUUUUUCUCCAGGAGGAAACUGGAGUCAAACUGGGAUCGUUACGAGGCGUCAGAGAGGCAGGAGCCUGACGAUGACACGCCCACUCAGAGAGGAACAGAUUACCACGUCCUGCUGGAGUCAGCAGGGGAUUCCUUCACUCAAUUCCGGUUUUCAGAAGAAAAAGACUGGGAGAUGGACUCAUUUACAGCCGGUCAGAUGUCAGUGUUUGUGGAUCUCCCAGCUCUCGCCCAGAGCCUUCAACAGGUUCCUCUCCAUCAGAGACUCAAUCUGGAGGCCGAGCUGGUUCAGGUCCUGACUCCAGUUGAGUUGCCCACGAUGAACCCUGCACCUAAACAGGAAAUCCCCAAAAUGUCCACAUUCAGUCCUCCGUCCACAGCCUUAAAAGGUCUCAGCACCAACCAGAAAGUCUCCAUGGCUGCAAACCCUGUGUCCAGCUCCAAGUCACAGGUUUCAUCGAAUGCUGCCGAGCCGCCGGUGGACGACGAUGGUGAUGAAGAGCUGGACCAGCUGCUCGGUUUACAGAAACCAGUCUCAGGUGUUUUAGGAAACCAGUCUGCCAGUGUUACAGAAGAGGAGGACGUGGGUCCAGAGAAGGCGUGUGAGGAAAUGGAGGAGGUGGAACCAGAGGUGAUAGAAGAGAAGACUGAAGAGGUGAAAGACAAAGACGUCACGCCUCCGAAGUCUGCUUCGGUCAAGCCGGAGAUGACAGAGGAGGACCUGGAGGACUGGCUCGACAGCAUGAUCUCCUGACCACUAGUGAUCCCGGACAGAUGGUAGAUAACUUUAGUUUGUGAAUUCAACCUUCUCUGCUUCAACUUCAGAUCCUAUCAAGACUAAACAGAAGUUUACUUUAAACAUUCAGCCUGACAGCCGGUUCACAUGCUACAGGACGUCACAGUUGGAUUGUGUCUUUGUUCCACAUCAGCCUCCACUUUUUUUUUUUGUCUAGUUUGCGGAGCUGAAUGGGAGACGGUAUGUGUGGAGGUGCAGAGAUGGGACAGAACGUUUCGAACGUUUGUGAGAAUGUGUCACGAUGUUCCCUCUGCACUUCAGAGACAGAAUUUUCUGUUCCCUGUGAGACUGUGAGAAGUUACACGCCGUCAGAAGGAUCCCUGCUGCCAAAGGGACGGACACACACUGAAACAGGUCACGGACAACAUGUUUGGUUUAUUGCGUCAAUUAAUUUAUUCAUUUCCUCCCCCUCAUUAAAAGAAAUGCAGUUUACCAAAGCUACUACAUACAUACAAAUGGCCAUACAACAGCAGUUAACCAUCUUGUUGUCAAUAAAUCCCUGAACCAAGGUUUGUUUUUUCAUUUUCCUCUUAUUGUGUGUUUUUUUUUUUCUACUGUGGACAGAAGUGAAGGCGGGCAGGACACCACAGCUUAGGAACAAAACCAAACUAAGCAACAUUUACACAAGGGU